AUGGGGUUGGAUGACUUUGAAUUACUUACAGUGAUAGGACGUGGUUCGUAUGCAAAAGUUGUGCAAGCUGAACAUAGGCGAACAGGCCAAAUUUAUGCGAUAAAAAUAAUCAAGAAGACUGUCUGUAUUGAUGAGGAGGACACUGACUGGAUCCAAACAGAAAAAUCUGUUUUGGAAACGGCUUCCAACCAUCCCUUUCUUGUUGGAUUGCAUUCUUGUUUUCAGACUGCUUCUCGCCUCUUUUAUGUCAUCGAAUUUAUCCCUGGCGGUGAUUUAAUGUUCCAUAUGCAAAGACAACACAAACUACCUGAAGAACAUGCACGUUUUUAUUCUGCUGAAGUUAUUUUAGCUCUACAUUUUUUGCAUACUAGAGGCAUAAUUUAUCGAGAUCUAAAAUUGGAUAAUGUACUAUUAGACGCUGAAGGACAUGUCAAAUUGACUGAUUUUGGGUUUGUUUUUGUAUUUUUAUAA